AUGGUAAAUUAUUGCUGUGUAUUUGGAUGUGGUCGGAACAGUAAAACUAGUAAACAUUUAUUUUACUAUGGUGUGCCUAAAGACAAUCUUCGGUUAGAGCAAUGGCUAAGAGCCAUAGGGAGAGAAGAUUUACUUGAGAAAAAUCUCAAAAAACUAUCCUACCGCGUGUGUUCUCGACACUUUUCUCCAGCAAGUAUUAAGAAUAAGCAUUUGUGUGCUGAUGCUAUGCCCACACUAUAUCUACCUGGUAAUAAAUCAGAAGAGCCUGAGGAAGAGACACGAGCAGUUCACAAUGAUAUUGCUUGCAACAGUUGUUCUAAGGUGAUACUCGGUUACCGAUAUAAAUGUAUCACAUGCCUUGACUACGACCUGUGCUCCAAGUGUGAGAUGUUUGAAGCACAUCCUGAUCAUUUCAUGUUGAGGAUACCUAAGCCUGUCAAUUUUAAAGUAGCAGAUGACUUAAUAAAGAAGUGGCAACGUUUCGUGAACGUAGAACACGUAACAGUUGACUCUCGUAUCCCCAUCGAUGAUGGCAGCAGUGACGACGACCUGCCCAUUACAAAAUAUGUCAAACAAAAUGAUAGUGGCAUCGAUCUUCCAGAAGACAUGAAGACAAAAAUUCGUAACGAAGUCACAAGGAUACUGGCCAUAAAACACAUUGAACCCAAGAAAAGAAAAAAAGAUUCAAGGAAAAAAGAAGAAUGCAAAAAGAAGAAGUUGACAGACAAAGAAGAUAAAAGCUGUGGUACAGAAGAUUUGGAAUCGCUUUUUCCAGAAGUUGUGUUUGCCGAUGUCAAUGAUAUUGGAGGUGGUCAGAUUUUGGAAGUUAAGCAUGAAAUGCCUACGAAUAUUACACAGUCUUUGGAAGAUACGCAUGAACCAAUGGCAGAUCUGAAUUUCAGUGAUACGGACUUUAUGUUAACAGGCUUGAGUUAA